AGUGGUAUCGCCCAUCACUGCUACUAGUAUCUUAGGUCAAAGGUCACAAACAACAUGGCGCUGUCAUUAGUGAAUGUCCGGUCAUUGCUGUGUCGUUCGGCAAAUACAGGCACCAAAGGCUUUAUGUCGUCACCUAUCCGAUUAAGAAGGAGUAUACGACUGAGCAAUUGCUUGAGCACAUCGCCAUAUUGCUAUAACCACAGCAGACUGAGUAGCAGGGAGAGGACAGAGGCCUUUGCGUGGCUGGGAGACCUCGUCCCUGUGUUUGGAACUACAGGGAAUAAAGUAUCCGUCCUUCAUGACCCCACAGUAUUCUUCAAUGUUCUCAAGGGUAGAAUAUGGACAGCAGAGAAGAGAAUAGUGCUGUCCUCUUUAUAUCUGGGGAAUGGACCCCUGGAGCAGGAGCUGGUAGCAGCUCUUCACACCCAGCUGGAGAGAGUUCGUGACCUCCAGGUGACUGUGCUGCUGGACUACACUCGCGGCUCCCGUGGUACAAACAACUCACGUACUCUGCUGCUGCCUCUCCUGCAAAACUUCCCUGACAGAGUACAGGUGAGCCUGUACCACACUCCAGAUCUGCGUGGUCUGCUGAAGGCUGUUGUACCAGAACGUUUCAAUGAGACCAUCGGUCUCCAGCACAUGAAGAUCUACCUCACUGACAACUCUGUCAUCAUGAGUGGUGCCAACUUGAGUGAGAUCUACUUCACCAAUCGGCAGGACCGUUACAUAGUGCUGCACAACAUUCCCCUGCUGGCGGACAUGUUGGCAAAUUUGGUGUCCUGUGUUGCCUCCUUCUCCUUCCAACUGUGCCGAGACAACUCAGUCACCCUGCACCCCAGCUUCAACAUCCACCCAUAUAAAGAUGACAUAGACAAGUUCAAAAGUGAGGCCCGCAGAAGAGUGAUGGACCUUCUAAAGCCAGGAUACUUUACAAAACUGUCAGAUCCCUUCUUCACAGAUGCACCCUUCCGUCACAGGAAGAAGGUGAUAGGUUGGAAGAGAGAGUUACGAGAAAGGAGUAUCCAAAUCUAUGAUGGGGAUGAUUACACAAGUCAUUACGAAGUGGAGGGGAGAGAUGAGGAAAGUGAUGAAGAAAUGCAACUGCUCAUACAACAGGGGGCCUGGGUCAUGGUUGACACUCGUACUAAGGAGAAAACAGUAGUGCAUCCUGACAGCUCAAACGUUACGCAAUUGAAACGCACAAUUUACGUGGACACUUGGAUCUGCCCUCUGGUGCAGAUGGGUCCCCUGGGAGUGUGGCACGAUGAGAUGGUCACCAGGAGACUGCUGCGGACGGCUCCCAAGGAGUCAGAACUGCUGCUGGCUUCAGGUUACUUCAACCUGACGGAGGACUACAUGAAUGUCAUGCUGCAGGCUGAUGCUGACUUUAAUAUCCUCAUGGCCUCCCCUCAGGUAAAUGGUUUCUACGGUGCUAAGGGCAUUGCGGGCAGCAUCCCCACAGGGUACACCUACAUCGCUAGGGAGUUCCAUCGCCGGGUGUGGCAGCAGGCGCAGCAGGACAGGAUCCGGCUGCAGGAGUACAUCCGCAACAACUGGACAUUCCAUGGGAAAGGCCUGUGGUUCUACCAUCCUGGGGAGGACCUACCCUCUCUCACCCUGGUCGGGUCUCCAAACUUUGGUUACCGUUCCGUCCACCGGGACCUGGAAGCUCAGUUGGCUAUAGUCACAGAUAACUGGGCACUUCGCCAGCAGCUACAUCAGGAACAACGACAUCUGUAUCAAGGGACAGAGGAGGUUACCAAGGAGACCUUCCAACGUCCAGAUCGACAAGUGCCCUCCUGGGCCAAAGCUUUGACUCGUGUCAUCAAAAAUUUCUUCUGAUGCCCAGAAACAGGAAACUGAGCGUCGACAUAUCAUGCUGCUACAAUAUCAGAUUCAGGGGAUACGGCAUUCAUGAUGCAAACACAUUCUAGUAAAUUACAGUUCUCAAGGGAAA